AUGGCCCCAGUCUCUGUACAUCAGCUCUAUCAGCGUCUUGAAACUGUAGGAAAAGGCGCCUAUGGCUCCGUGCACAAGGGGCGGGACCUCCGCACGGGAGAAGUUGUCGCACUCAAGAUCAUUAACCUCGACACCGAGGACGACGAUGUGGGCGACAUCCAGCGCGAGGUUGCGCUCCUCACGCAGCUCAGGGACGCCCCGAACGUCACGAAGUAUUUCGGAUGCCACAUGGACGGCCCGCGGGUGUGGAUCGUCAUGGAGUUCGCCCAGGGCGGCAGCGUGCGCACGCUCAUGAAGGCUUGCAAGGACGGCGUGGUCGAGGAGAAGUACGUCUCGGUCAUCACACGCGAGGUCUUGAUUGGCCUCAGCUACCUCCACAAGUCGUCCAUCAUCCACCGCGACCUCAAGGCGGCGAACAUCCUCAUAACCUCCGCGGGCAAGGUAAUGAUCUGCGACUUUGGUGUCUCUGCGCUGCUGGUAACCGCCUCGAGCAAACGCAAUACACUGGUCGGUACACCACACUGGAUGGCUCCGGAGGUGGCGCAUGCAUCGGCGUACGAUACCAAGGCCGACAUCUGGAGCCUGGGUAUCAUGAUUUACGAGAUGAUCAAAGGCAGCGCGCCCAACUCGCAUAUAGUGGAUCAGCACAAGCUCAUUCAGCUUAUCCCGCGCAUGAAGCCGCCACGCCUCAACGAGGGGGAAGGAAGCAAAGACUUACGGGAUUUUGUGGCUGCAUGUCUGAGAGAGUCUGCGAGUGACCGUCUGUCCGCGGAAGAGCUGGGCAAGACAAAGUGGAUACAGACGGUCAGGAAGACGCCCGUCACCAUGCUGAAAGACCUCAUACUUCGCUAUGAUGCUUGGAUCAAGGGCGGUGGGUCAAGAGCCAGCGUAGCAGCACCUCUUCCGUGGGAGGAGGAGGAAGAGCGCGAUCGAGGGUGCGUAUAG